GGAAAACAGGUGCAGAUAGUUUGUCUUCCCUCUUUAUUAAUCUUUAUCGUUUCUUCACUCGUCUUCCUAGGCUCUGCUUGGAGGCCAGGGACCCGUACUGCGGCUGGGACUUCAGGCAGCGCAAAUGCACGACGCUGGAGGAAAGCUCCAACAUGAGCCAGUGGAAACAGAACAUCACCGUUUGUCCGCUGCGGAACCAGACCAUCGACGGCCGCUUCGGGUCCUGGACGCCGUGGCACCCCUGCAGCAACGAAGACGCCCUGGACGGCGUGAGCUCCUGUUUGUGUCGCUCCAGAUCCUGCGACAGCCCCGCCCCUCGGUGCGGCGGCAAAACCUGCGCAGGGCCAACCAUUGAAGUCUCAAACUGCUCCAGAAACGGAGGCUGGACACCGUGGUCGUCGUGGGGACAGUGCAGCACGACCUGCGGCACAGGCUUCGAGCUGCGCCAGCGCUCGUGUAACAACCCGUCACCCCGGCACGGCGGACGCGUGUGCGUGGGGCCCACCAGGGACGAACGGUUCUGCAACGAGGGCGUGUCGUGUCCUCAGCCCAUUUUCUGGACGCCGUGGGCCUCGUGGACCAAGUGCAGCACAGAGUGCGGCGGAGGCGUCCAUUCCAGGGUCAGGUCCUGUGAGAACGGCAACAGCUGUCCAGGAUGUGCACUGGAGUACAAGGCCUGCAACCUGGAGGCAUGUCCAGAGGUGAAGAGGAACACGCCUUGGACGCCCUGGAUGCCGGUCAACGUGACCCAGGGCGGGGCCCGCCAGGAGCAGAGGAUGCGCUACAUGUGCCGGGCCCACCUGGCCGACCCCCACGAGCUGCAGAUCGGACGGAGGAAGGUGGAGACGCGCUUCUGUCCAAAUGACGGGACGGUGGUCUGCGAUACGGACAGCCUGGUGGAGGAGUUGCUAAAAAUGCCAGUGGUGAGAACGGCGGGGACGAGCUGGUCGUCGUGGGAGACCUGGUCCAGCUGCUCUCAGAGUUGUGCCAAAGGUUACCGCACCCGUCGGCGGACCUGUUCCGGGCCGGAGGGGAAGAGCGCCCCCGUGGCGUGUCGUGGUUCCCCUGUGGAAUACCAGGACUGUAAUGUGCAGGCAUGUCCCGUGAAAGGUGCGUGGUCCUGCUGGUCUCCCUGGUCUCAGUGCUCAGUGGGCUGCGGCAGCGGCCACUACCAGCGGACACGCUCCUGUAACAGCCCCGCCCCCGCCAACGGAGGAGACAUCUGCAUAGGCCUGCACACCGAGGAGGCCCUGUGCAACACACACACCUGUGACGAUUGCUGUAAGUGCGACACGGUGUCGCCUCUGGACGGCUGGUCCGGUCGGAGUCGAUCGAGGCUGAAACCCGGUCACCAGCAGAUGUCCAGGACUCUCUCUGAGGCUUUCGCUGACAGGAGGGAACAGAUUGUGCUCACAAAGCGACAGGUCGGUCGGUCCGGGACCGGUAGGAAAGGCGGAUGGAUGGCCUGGUCUCUGUGGUCGGCCUGCGAUGACUCCGGCUUCCAGACCAGGAGUCGGGUGUGCGGCGCUCAGGGAAGCGCCCCCUGUGUGGGGAACAGCACUCAGCGCAGGGACUGCAACGAAAUACCUGUCAUUCUCCCGGCAUCUGGUUUUGAUAAGGACCAACAAUGCGGAGCCUUCACCUCCAUCCACCUAAUCGCCACCGGUGUCUCCUGCUUCCUGGGGGCGGGGCUGUUGUCCUUCCUCGUCUACGUUUACUGCCAACGGUUCCACAAGCCCUCGCAGGAGUCCGCCGUCAUUCACCCGACCACGCCCAACCACCUCAACUACAAGGGCAACACCACACCAAAGAACGAGAAGUACACACCCAUGGAGUUCAAGACGCUGAACAAGAACAACCUGCUGCCAGACGAACGAUCCAACUUCUACCCGACACCGCUCCAGCAGACCAACGUCUACACAACCACCUACUAUCCCACACCGCUCGGCAAGUUUGACUACCAACCCAACUCCUCCCCCUCACCGUGCAGAACCUACAACAACAGUAACAACAGCUGAGACGCAGCCCGCCGAUGACCCUCCACCACCCCCAUCCCGCUCUCUCUCUCCCCCCACCCCCGAAACGGACGCCGCUACCAUGGUGACAUAAGUGAACCAAUGUGAACUGAAAUGUUAUUCAGAGCUUGGCAACGUCUCUGUGCUCUACGCCGUCACCUCCCUGAACCCGUAGUCUCUUCUGCCUGGUGGCGUUUGUGUUUUCAGGGUUGGUUGUUUUUGGGACUUUCCGUCGAGAGACGUGGAUUCGGACUACAAAAGCCCGGCUCCUGGUAAAGUCAAGAACUUAUGCAACCGGUCUGGGGGCGCGUGUUUUUGUAAGGAAUCUGUCGGGGAUGUCGCUGUGUCAGCGCCAGCGCUUUAUGUGGGGAACAAGCGAAAAGAAAGUCAACAAAAGGCCGAACUCUGGCUUUGAGGAGAUUGUCGCUACCGCUUCGAUGCAGGUGCCGGGUCGUCGACCCCCAUCUGCAUAGACCGAUGGGAAUCUGACAACAACAACAACAAAAGUAAACUUUUUUACGGGAUAAGAGUUACCUUUUUUUAUGUUUGGCUCUCUCUCCAUUACAAACAACAUUCUUGGCCUGUAAUGAACUUGAGUCCCUCAACAACAAAAGCAGUUUCGGAGAACAAAGGGCACACGUGUUCCUCGUCCUCGCCGCACAGCACAGGGUGAGGCAACGACAACAAAAGAGAAAACUGAAUGAAGUCGAUGACAAAAUAAAUUACAGAUCGAUAUCAGCGCGGUGGAGUGGGAGAGGAAAUGCGUUCACUCUCUCCCUCGUCCUCCCCAUUGUUGGUAUUUUCACAUGACGGGAAAGAUAAGAAGUUUAAAGUUGAUUAAGCUUUUGUGAGGCUGUUUGGGGAAACUCGCAUGAAGCACCGUCACCCACAGCUGAAGAGAAUUAUUGUCUAAAUCUGCUUUCGAUCAAAGUCCCAAUCCCGUUUUGGAAGACGCGGAUGUGCUUGUGUGAAGGUCACAGCCGGGAAUUCGGUGGGGCUGUUCGGAACGGCAAAAGCUUUGGGAAUGCCGCGGGUGCCUGGGGUGAUUUUAUGUUCCCAUUUCUGUUUUGUUUGUUUUUCUCUUUUUGUUUCAUCCGAGAACAACGAGGACUCCCGAAGAAGAGGAUUGAUUGAUUCUCCAAUUAAUUCUCCACUGAAUGAAUGCAAUUCUACUGAGAGCUAAAUAGUUCAGUGGUCAUAUCAAAUAUGGCCAGUGUGCUGAAGAACUGGAUCGGGGUUUUUUCAGUUUUUUUUUUUUUUUUUCUAUGACGGUAGAAUAAGCUAGCAGACUGGCACUUGUUCUUUUCUAAAUGUUUCGUUUUUACAACGGUUUUCUGUUCACAACGACCUGUAGCAUAGAAGGAGAAUAUUUUGUUAAAUAAGAAUAUAACUGAUUAAUAACUCUUGCUUCUCUAAUUUCAUUUUCAUAACAAAUGCAUCGUCAACACGUGAAAUGUUACAAAAAUAAAACAAUGAAUUUUAAAGUCUCCUUUUUUUUGGGUUUCUUUUAUAUGAAUACUAACAAAAAAUCAACCCCUUUCACCCCCUACUUGAAAAUAGAAAGGAUAAAAAAAAAAUAAAAAAAAAACUUAUGCUUGCUUAGAAGAAAAUGAACGCAUGAAUGUGUGAAAGUGGAGACUGUUUGUGUGGAAAGAGAAAAAAUACAACAAAAAAGGAAAAAAAUAGGGUUGCUUUGUUUUGUACCAUGUAAAUGCUUUCAUACAUAUGAGGCGGUUUUUAUCUGUGUGUGUGUGUUGUGUGUCUGUGUGUGUUUCCAAAUUCUGUCACUCUUCAGAUGUUCAGCUUGUUUUUUCUGUUUCACGUCUGAGAUGUUAAUCGUAAGUCAAGCGUUGCGCCACUUGGUGGAAUGUACAUUAUUUAUAGCUUGGUUUGUAAAAGGCCAUUUUCACUGGAAUAUUUUAUUGUUACUGCCUGAUCAAUGAAUGCUAACUCGCCCAGGCUAACUCACGUUCAAGCUAAUGUACACGCACGACAUGAGAGCUCUAUCUGUAUAUAGGAGCAGCAGCCUUCUGCCCAUCCAAUGUCCCUGAAGAGGAAUGUGUAAAUGACUCUGUAUACUGUAUAGCUAACAUUUUGUUUAAAAAAUAAAAAAGAGAGAGAAGCCUUAUAGUUUAAAAAAAAAAAAAAAGUGCAGCAGCUAAGUACACAAUAAACCCUGCGGUUUGUUUGGGGUCGGAGCUCCGUGACAUGACCUGCCGCCUGUGGCUAACGCGACCUCCCCCAGCUGCCCAAACAAACGAGAUCGACUGGCUGUACCGCUGACGGGAAUCAAAAGCAAAAUGGAUCAAAUAAAAUAAGCUAACUGAGAACAAAAGGAUCUCUUUGAUCGUACUAAUUUUCUAUUGGCCCCGGUCUAAAAGCUCUACACGCGGUUGGUCGUUCUGAGCUCCGGCCCCCGGCGAUGUGAGGCUCUGUGCCCCUUCUAUGCAACUUACCAGGUGUACUGUUAGACCUGUCGUGUAGACUAUAAUCACUGCCUUUUAGACACUGUGAACUUUUUUGUACCCUAUAUUUUUGUAUAUUGUACAUGAUUAAGGACAAUAAACCUUGAUGCCAACA